CCUAACCCUCCCAGAUUGCGCUCCGUAUCUACCCUGUUCAGGUCAUUCACCGCCAUUCAGAUUACAAUACCAUUUUCAUUAGUGUUCUCUCGCCAAUCCUACUCUCCUAUAACCUUACAUCCAUAGUAUCUACCUCCCUACCCGGUAUCCCGAUGACUGACGUUUUACCCCCGGAUAGAAUCUCUCUCCUCACGGAGCAGAUGGCAACCCAGACCAACGGUAGCCGCGUGUCGAUGCGCACCGCAACCAUCCUCAAGGCGCAUAUUUCCGUUCUUACGUCCGCGCUCGGGGGCCCCGACCAUACCUCGCCCCUCCACCCGCCCCCCUACAAGCUCGGUGACGACGCGUGGGCGUGCUUGAAGGACUUGAAGCGAUGGUUGAUCACCGUUGAUCAGGACAAAAAAAAGUACGACGUCGCCAACGCGUGUGCGGAAACGGGUUUGGUAUUGAACGACUUGUGCACGAUUCUCGCGACAUGGGAGCUCGAGAGCGAUGCCGCGCGCGGCGCGCCGCGCAUGAUCAUGAAUCGCCCGCCGUCGCUCAUGAACAAGAUCGCGCUCUUGUGUCUCGAGUUGUUUGUCCAGCUCACCUGGCCUGUUGAUAUCAUCAAAGGGGAGUCGUCACGCAACCAGGCAAAACACUCGGUCAACAUCCAGAAGCACCAGUUGUUGUACAAGCAGAAGGCGUUGCACUACGCUGGCGGCAAGGUCCUCAGGGCCGCGAUUCGCCUCGCGAUCCCGGCCAUCUCCAAGGAUAAGACACAACGCGAUGCUAAAGACAACGCAAUCUUGAGUCUCGUGGUGUAUUUUUUUCGCAACUUGGUUGAGAUCCGUCCGCUCCCGUUGACCAAGCUUCAAGGCCUGAGUGCACGCGCAAGCAUCCAGAACAGCGUCGACCUGCAUGUCAACGGUGAAAUUGGCUUGGACGCGACGGUACGCGCGUUCGCCAACAAUCAGGUACUCCCAUUCUUGAUGACGAUGACCAGCUUGCUCGGCGACGAGUUCAACAUCAAGGACUUGGAGUGGCUAUGCUUCGAGACAAUCACGGGGUUGGUGAAGUACGUAACGCCUGAGACGUUGUACCCGCGCGUGGCACCGUCUGUGCCUCGUCCCAGCCACGAACUCGCGUCUGCGGCGGGUCUCGGGCUAAGCGACUUACUCCAGCGUGAGAAGCACUUGCAGCAGCAGAUGAAGCUUAACUCGUCCACGCGCCACGCCAACUUCGGUACGCUUCUUUCGUACCAGACGACCGCCCAGCGCUACACGGUUUCGGGGCAACAAGGCUUGCACAACGACCGUGAGGUGCUCGCGAAACUCGAUGCGUCCAAAAAGUCGUUCAAAGCCGUGCGCGACAUCUCGGCCGCCGCGGCAGAAUGCGACAAGUACGUCGUGUCAAGCGCUGCGUUGGAUGCGGGAAACACCGCGGUCUUGCGCGCGUUCGUGGAUGACAUUUUCAGCGACACGUUUAAUAAUCUAGUGCAUUUGGUGACGGGCUCGUUGACGGCAGGGUUUGAGUCUGUGUUGAUGCGCGACAAGGCGAUGUUUUGCCAGUUUUUCAGUUGGUUCUUGCGCGCGCACCGCGCAAAGAUCGAGCAGCGCGCGCAAAGUGAUGGGCCGUCUGACUCGGAUGCCGAUGCAUUCGACAUGAUCCAGUCUGCACUCACCAAUGAGUGCUUCAUCAUCCUCAAAAAGUUGCUCCGCGAACACGAGGCGCUCCGUACCUGGAGCAUGGUUCACGUUUCCCUCGCCUGCCUCUCUGAAUACCUCCUGACCGUCCACCUCAUGACGGUCUCCUCGCCCUACGCCGCGCACGCACUCGCGCUCAACAUCUACGACGACCCGUUCAUCCUCGACCUUAUCGUCCGGUUGACAAAACAAGCGUCCAGCGGGAUCCGUGGGGUGUCGCACCUCUACAUGGGAACCGCCGUCGAGUGCAGCUACUGGUUCCUCCGCGUGCUCGAGACGUGCGCGCGGCAGGACAUGAAGUUGACCGUGCGCGCGCGGAGGAAGAAGCCAGAGGACGGGGAUAAUUCCGAUGAUGAGGGACCAACGAAGUCCCUUCUUGACUUCCAAAAGUACGAAAGUGCGUUCAUCUCUGUGGAUAUGAUCCUGACUCACGUGGCGUUCCUCGCACGCUUCGCGGACCUCUCGUGCCACCAGACGCGUUGCGUGCUCAAGUACUUCCAUCGGGUAUUUGUGAAGAACAACCAACACGCGUUGAUGUUCCGGAUCGACUUGAUGCGGUUACUUCAGGAAAUGAUGACCAAAGUGGAGGGCGAGGUGCUCCAGGAGCUUCGCAACUUUGCCAAAUUCUACACCAAGACGUUGGUGAAGGUGUUGGAAGCGCGCCCGACGUUGUUUGUGGAGUUGUUGUUUAGCAAAAAGACAAGGAAUGUAUGCUAUUACUUGGAUACGGGGGAAAAAAUGGCCGAACGGGCAAAGAAGGCACGAUAUGAGAGCGAUGAUGAGGUCUUUGCAGCGGAAGAGCUCGAGUAUGUGAAGGACCAUGGGUAUGAGGAGAAGGUGGCAAUCGUGGUGGCCGCGAUGAUCGAUGAUGAGGAUGAUGGAAUCGUCAGAUUUGUUUCUGCACAAUUAGCAGAAAUUAUUAGGAGACGAAAGGCCUGGGAGGAUAGACAGGAUGCAGAGGAGAUGGCUGCGCUUGCUAGAGAUGAAGGGAUGGGUGCCCCUGAAGCUUCCGAGAGAAAGCAAUCCCCUCCCAAUGAAGCCAUCACCACUCCAGACCCCUCUCUUCGCAACUCGCUUCUUCUCCACGGCUACCUCCGUCUUCUUCUCAAAACCAUCGGGUUUGAGCUUGCGCGCGCACAGGGGGAGCAGACGCUUGUGCUCGCGGACGUGGAGACGGCGCACCUCGAACUCUCGCGCGAGUAUGUUGAAAAGUACUUGGUGACGCCUGUGGAUCUUGGUGGGAAAGAGGCUGCCCAGUGUAUCAGAACGGCUGAUGAGGGCGACUUUUUCCACAAAAGAAGCAGAAGUGAUGGUGAGGAAAUUGCGUUUGAGGUGCGCAGAAAACGUGUCAGAGGCGUGCCAGAAGAAGAGGUGGACGAUUUGGAAGCGAUGGAGAACCGCCUUGGGAUGCCCAGGGGGCUUGCGCGCAAGAAGAGUAAGAAACCAGCGCGUGUGCGCGCGGAUAGGACCAAAAAAAGGUCCAAGGCAUCGGUCGAAACCCACCGGUCGUUCAAAUCCUCCGCCUUUGUCCACGACUCAGACGACGAAGACGACACCGAGGAGUCACGCGCGUUCUUUGCGCUCGAGGAGCGCUUGCGCCAGGUCGUUGUGACGUCCGCGGACACCGGCGGCUUAACCGGUGCUGCCUUAGCCGAGUUCAUUCUGCGCUGGGACACCCUCACCAGAAUGAGCCACCAGGAGCCCGAACCACACGUUCAGAAAGCAGUUGCUAAGGCCAAAUCGUCGUUGUUUGUUGAAAGUGACGAGGAGGAAGAGGGGCCGGAACGAGUGCCAGAUGUGGUCAGAGCACGGCGGCACGCGUUCUCAUCGGAUGAAGAGGUGGAAGAGUCGGAGUGGGAAAGCGAUGCUGAGAUGGAUGCCGCGAUUGAUGCGGCCAUUGCGGCCGUGGAUGCCGCGCCGGUUACGACGGCGGUGCGGCAAUUUGAGUCAGACCCCGAGUCUGAGAGUGAAGAAGGAGAAAACGAUACGGAAAAUGAGAUUGAAGUUGCCGCUGAAGAAGUCGCUGCUGGAGAAGUUGCUGCUGGAGAAGUUGCUUCUGAAUCAGAUGUGGAAUCCUCCCAGGAUAACUUUAGAGAUGCCUACAGCGAGGCUGAAGUGAACGCAGAGACUGGCGAUCAGGAAACCACCCCAGCUAUGAGAUCCAGACGCAAGCAGGUGAUCUAUGAGUCAGACGAUGAGUAAACGUAUAUUGUAUCGUAAAAUUCAAAUUCACAAGCUGGGAUUGGUAUCCUCCGUGAUGCACGUAGCGGCGUAGUAUUUCUACCAUAAAUCAAAUUGAUAAAAAUCCAG